AUGUUCAACACAUCGAUGGUGACGCCAAUUUACUACGUGUUUUUUACUACAUUUGUAAUCUUAGCUUCUUCAAUAUUGUAUAAGGAGUGGUCUUGUCUUGGUGCCUCAGAUAUACUAGGAAACGUUAUUGGUUUCUUAACGACAAUUAUUGGUAUAUUCCAGAUGCAGCUGUUCCGUGAUGUGAACAUCAGUUUACGUCAAGUACGUGUACUGCUUCAUCGGCCGUCAGCAUCUUUGGCCAGUCUUGAUCUCUCAUCGAAUUCCGCCACGAACCUCGUCGACGACUUCAACAUCGUUUCAUCAUCGACGUCAAAUGGUUCCGUCCGACAUCCAACAUAUACGUGA